UUUGCAUAUCGGAUCAUGUAAAAUGCCAACUCUCAAGUGCCAAUGAUUGCAGAAAAUAGUUAGCUAGAUUCGUUAUCAAUCGGUAGUUUAGGUUGCUGUGUUUGUCUAGUUCUUUCUAAACCUGACCACACUGCGUCUGGUGUGGAGAGAGGAAUAGCAUACCGUAGACAGUAGGAUAGAUAUGCAGUAGCAACAACAAGCCUUGGAUCGUGUGAGAUGAUGAUAGGAUUUUUAUUUUCUUUGAAUCAAAUCUAACCAAAGCUUCAAUUGCUACCUGCAGAAGCAGACAAAAAUGUUGUUUAUAGAAUAGCACACCAGACUUCGUUGGUUUGCAGCCUCUGGUUUUAUUCGCACUCUUUCUGUUCGGAUAUAUAACACAUCAGAGAAAAUGGCGGAACUUGAGAAGGAAGGACUGAACCAAACAAUGCAUGAGAACCAAGAUGAAGAUGAGCCCCAUUAUACUGAUGACACUAAGACAAGCAAGAUGCAAGACGACGCAAGUUUCGAGGAAAAGCUAAUUGAAGAGGUCAGAAGGUACAACAAUUUGUACAACACCUCAUUGAAAGACUAUAAAGACUUCACAAUAACCAGUAACAGCUGGAAGGAGAUAGCCCAAACUCUGAGAGUAGAAGAACAGAUUUGCAGGACGAAAUGGAAGAAAUUGAGAGACAGAUAUGUCAGACUGAGGAGGAAAAUUAAGGGGAAGAGUGGGGAUGCAGCAUCAGGAAUACAAACACAAAUACUCACCACACUGUCCUGGCUGUCUGGCUAUAUAAAACACAAGGAGACGAAGUCAGACUAUCCACAGGCAGAGGAGAUGGACACCUCAGAAGACCUGCAAGAUGACAACCUGAUCGAGCAGGAACACUUCCACAGUUCUAAUAAUGAACAACAAGAUGGACAUUUGGCAGUUAGGAGGAAUGUAAUAUUAGAACGAACUAAAUUCAACCAAAGACAACAAGAAGCAGGAGAGACAGCUGAUGAUUUUAUCACUGCACUUCAUUGUUUGUCGGAACAUUGUGGUUAUGGAGCUCUGCUCAGUGAGAUGAUAAGAGACCGACUAGUCGCAGGCUUACUUGACAGAAGACUGUCCAAGCAAUUACAAAUGGACCCAGAACUAACACUGGAUAAAGCUGUCGCACGCAUUCGUCAAACUGAACUUGUGGAAAAGCAACAGGACCUGCCAGAGUAUACCUUCAAAGCUGCCAGCAGCAGAGAAAAUGAAAGCCGUGUGCUUUCAUAUAGAAAGCAUCAAUGCCCAGCCAAUGUCCAGUGCCAAUCAGAGAAGAAGAAUCAAAACUCAGAAAGACCACAACAACCCCAAACAACACAGGAGAAUGCAGAAGAUCCCCUAGAUACUGAUGACACUGAUGUCUUCAGUCCUGGAGGAGAAAAGCCUCACUACUGCGCUUACUGCGGUAGGAGCUUUCAAAAAGUGAGGGAUCUUAUAAGACACCAGCGAACACAUACUGGAGAGAAGCCUCACCACUGCCCUGAUUGCGACAGAAGUUUUGCUCGAUUAGAUAAGCUAAAGAUCCACCAAGAAAUGCAUAUAGGAGUGAAGUCUCACCACUGCCCUGAUUGCAACAGAGGUUUUGCUCGUUUAGAUAAGCUUAAGUCACACCAAAAAAUACAUGCAAAAGACAAACAUAUUUUUCACUCCUCUGACUGUGUGAAAAGCUUUGUCCUAUUGGAGAAGCUUGAAAAACACCAGCUGGAGAAUACCUUCAAAGCUACCAGCAGUGCAUCCAAUGUAGAUCGUGUGCUCACACAGCAGAGAACAUUCAGCAAAGUCAGAGAGAGUAAAAGGCAGCAGAGUAAAAUACGAGCUAGAGCUCCCGGAAAGAGAACACCAUCACAUAGCAAAACAAUGCAUGAGAAGGAAGAGGAGCCCCUAGAUACUGAUGACUCUGAUGAUUGGAUUGAGGGUUUCGGUCCUGGAGGAGAGAAGCCUCACUACUGCUUUGACUGCGGUAAGAGCUUUAGAAAAGUGAGGGAUCUUAUAAGACACCAGCAAACACAUACAGGAGAGAAGCCUCACCACUGCCCUGUUUGUGACAGAACUUUCGCUAGAUUAGAUAAACUUAAAUUACACCAAGAAAUACAUACAGGAGUGAAGCCUUACCACUGCCCUGAUUGUGAGAGAAGUUUUGCUCGAUUAGAUAAUCUUAAAUUACACCAAAAAAUACAUAUUAAAGAGGAACAUGUCACGCUGAACCAUCAAACUAAAAUGAAUGUUGACUGUUUGCACACACAGCAGAGAACAGCCAGCAGAGGCAGGCAGAAGAGUAAAAUGCGAGCUAGUGCACCAGGGAGGAAAAUGGUCCAGUCACAGCCAGGCAAAGACUCCACUUACAGAAGUUCAGUUCGAAAGAAUCAACAGUCAGAAAAACUGCAACAACCCCAAACAACGCAGGAGAAUGAAGAGGAUCCUGAAGGUACUUCUGAUAACUGGACCAAGAGUUUCAGAACUGUAGAGAAGCCAUACAUCUGCUCUGACUGUGGUAAGAGCUUCAGACUAGAGAAUCGUCUUUUAAGACAUCAGCGAACACAUACAGGAGAGAAGCCUUACGACUGCCCUGACUGUGACAAAAGUUUUGCGCGAUUAGAUCAUGUUAAGUCACACCAAAAAACACACAUGAAGGAGGAACGUAAUUUCCGCUGCUCUGACUGUGUGAAAAGCUUUGUCCGAUUGGAACAGCUUGAAAAACAUCAGCUAACACACAAGAAAAGUUACAGCUGUUCAAAGUGUGAGGAAAGGUUUUCAGACCUGGUUGACUGGAAAGCACACUUUUUAGUACACAGAGAGAUCCUCCACUGUCCUGACUGUGACAAGCAGUUCUUAUACAAGGGACUUUUUGAAAGACACAGGAGAACACAUUUGAGAAAGAGAGAGAAAUUUCUCUGCACAAUAUGUGGGAAGGAAAUUCACAACUUUAAAAUACACAUGCGAGUACACACGGGAGAGAAACCAUAUCACUGCACUGAGUGUGGGAAGAGUUUUGCAUAUACAAAAUCGUACAAAACACAUAUAUUAACACAUACCUCUGGAGAAAGAGCAACCUAUCCUUGUUUGGAAUGUGGAAAGACAUUUACUCGCAUAGAUGGCAUGGUGAGACACGUGAGGAGGGUUCAUACUGGAGAGAGAAAUCAUCAGUGCGGAGACUGUGGGAAAAGAUUCUUUCGAAAAGAGUCAUUGAAGAGACACAGUCUAGUUCACACUGGAGAGAAACCAUACCAAUGCUCUGUCUGUGGGCAACGCUUCUCCCAAGAUGGCGACAGAAAACGUCACGAGAAGAGGCACUACUCUGGUGUCUCAGAUUUCCUCGAUCUAUAAUGCAGAAGUGGUGUUUGGCAUUGCAGGAAUCCACCCAAUGUGAUUUCUAACCAGUUGUUCUUUCGCCUCCAGGUGGCCUGGAAUUGCCACCACAGACUGUAGCUGAUACACAACAAGUCUGAGUAUUACUGUUAGCAUAGCAGUAUUUCUUUUUUUUCAAAAGUCUUAUUUUAAAUGUGUUUUUAAUAUUUUGUUUCAACAAAAGCAUAGUAAACUAUCAAUAGGGGUCAUUGUUCAAUUAUGGGCCUUCCCCAUUGGUGAUUUGCAGUCAGCUAUAUUGUAUUAAAGAUGCACAAUGCAGAUAUCGCUCCACAAUUUUCCUGGUUGCUAAAAUUCUAAUAGAUCGCCUAAUUUCAGUUUAUGUGACAUAACAAGCAAGGAUAGUGUACAAUUGUACCAUCUAUACCGGUUGUGAAAUAUAUUUUCCAGAACCAAAAAUAAUGUAUUUUCAGCUCGUGUCCAAAACCGAAAGUAAAAGAGGGCAACUUCCGAAUGGGAAGCGUAGAAAUCUAUCGCUUCUUAGACUUGAUUUCGAUGAGAAUUACAGAUCUAUAACACACAUUUAUGUGAAUUUGGUCAGGUCGCCCAAGAAGUUACAUAUUGCAGCUUUAAUGUUGAUAUUUUGAUUAUCAGGUGGGCCACACGCUACUUUGAAAUAAUGCCUAUGAAAGGUUACCAACUACGACCUUCAGCGAGUGUAUACGUUUGUGUCAUGACGUUGGCCUGUGGGUAGGUUUAUGACAGUCAUAAAUACCUCUUUCCCCCUUUUUCUCUCUCCCUACUAUAACUGAUGUGACAUAAGG